CAGGAAAUUACACGACGAGAGAAACAGAGAAAAAGUUUGACAGUUUUUGUUCCACUGAAUCGUCUGAAACAAUCAAUAAAUUCAUUGUGAAGUAUUUUGUAGGUGAUAUUCUAGUCAGUAAAGAGGAACAUCAACAGUUCUUGACAGGUGUUCAGUGGACUGUUCAGAUGAUGUCAUGGACUCCACAAAGGAUCUCAGUGGACAGACAGACACAGGGAAGGUCAAGAGGAUACACAAACCCUGCCGAAGUGCUGCGGGGAAUCAGGAUGAUGAGGCCCAUUCAUCAGCGAAGCGUCAAUCGGUGAGACGGUGUGAUGUUCACGAGGACACUGGAGGGGAGCCGAAAGUUUUACGGCGAAAAGUCCUUCAGCUGGCUCGUGCAUAUCAACGGCAAUGUGACAUUCAUGGAGAAUCUCCUGAAUCCAGCUGUGUGUCCAUGAAGAGUGACCGGUCAAUGAAUCAUCCACUUAAAUUCAGUUCAGGAGCCCCUUGUGCUGAUGUGAGUGUCAUUCAUGGAGAAUCUCCUGAAUCCAGCUGUGUGUCCAUGAAGAGUGACGGGUCAAUGGAUCCUCCACUUAGAUUCAGUUCAGGAGCCCCUUGUGCUGAUGUGAGUGUCAUUCAUGGAGAAUCUCCUGAACCCAGCUGUGUGUCCAUGAAGAGUGACCGGUCAAUGAAUCAACCACUUAAAUUCAGUUCAGGAGAGUCUUUGAUCAACUACAGAAACAAACAGGAUGAAUCAGAUUCAACUGCUGGGAAAGUGCCAUUGGACUCCAUUUUUGUGGAACUUGAGCACAAAAUCAUCUCUCUGAUGAAGAAAGAGCUGAAGAGUUUCAAGAGACUACUGAUCUCAGAUUCCCCAGCAUGCUCUGAGAGAGAGGAGGAGGAUGAUGAAGGUCAGAGCAGAGUCAGAGAGGGGUUUCUGAAGAUCACACUGCACGUCCUGAAGAAGAUGAAGCUGACAGACCUCGCUAACACACUUCAAACCAAACUGAUUUCUGUGCAUCAACAAAAACUCAAAACAAAACUAAAAGAGAACUUCCAGAGAAUUACUGAAGGAAUGUCAAAUCAAAGCAGCUCAACACUUGUGAAUGAGAUCUACACAGAGCUGUACAUCACAGAGGGAGGGAGUGCAGAGAUCAAUAAUGAACAUGAGGUGAGACAGAUUGAGACAGCAUCCAGGAGAGCAGAGACACAGGAAACACCAGUCAAAUGCAAUGACAUCUUUAAAGCCUUACCUGGACAAGACAAAGCCAUCAGAACUGUGCUGACUAAAGGAGUUGCUGGAAUUGGAAAAACUGUCUCUGUGCAGAAGUUCAUUGUGGACUGGACUGAAGGAAAAGCAAAUCAGGAUGUUCACUUCAUAUUUCCACUUCCUUUCAGAGAGCUCAAUCUGAUGAAGCACAAAAAUAUCAGUUUGAUGAAUCUUCUUCAUUACAUUUUCACAGAUACAAAAGAACUGAGAUCAACAUUCCUUGAUGACUACAAAGUCAUUUUCAUUUUUGAUGGUCUGGAUGAGUGUCGACUUCCUCUAGAUUUCCAGAACAAUGAUAUUUUGUGUGAUGUGACAGAAUCGGCCUCAGUGGAUGUGCUGCUGACCAACCUCAUCAAGGGGAAUCUGCUUCCUUCUGCUCUGCUCUGGAUCACCUCUCGACCAGCAGCAGCCAAUCAGAUUCCUCCUGAGUGUGUUGACCAGCUCACAGAUGUACGAGGCUUCAAUGACCCUCAGAAGGACGAGUAUUUCAGGAAGAGAAUAAAAGAUGAGCGUCUGGCCAACAGAAUCAUCACACACAUGAAAUCAUCAAGAAGCCUGUACAUCAUGUGUCACAUACCAGUCUUCUGUUGGAUUUCAGCCACUGUUCUCCAGAGACUGUUGAGUGAAGCAGAGAGUGCAGAGAUCCCCAAGACUCUCACUCAAAUGUUCACACACUUCCUGAUCUUUCAGAGCAAACUGAAGAGCCAGAAGUAUGAUGGGAAAUGUGAGGUGGAUCUUCAGCAGGCUAGAAAGAGGAUUCUGUCUCUGGGAAAACUGGCUUUUCAACAGCUGGAAAAAGGGAACCUGAUCUUCUAUGAGGAGGACCUGAGAGAGUGUGGCAUUGAUGUCAGAGAAGCGUCAGUGUACUCCGGAGUUUGUACCCAAAUCUUCAGAGAGGAGUUUGGACUGCACCUGGGGAAGGUGUUCAGCUUUGUGCAUCUGAGCAUUCAGGAGUUUCUCGCUGCUCUGUAUGCUUUUAUUUCCUUUUCUCAACAGAAAUCAGGUCUCUUCAGUAAGUUUAGGUCAUCUAUGAUUGAUCUCCUGAAGAGUGAAGUGGACAAGGCCUUACAGAGUGAGAACGGACACCUGGACCUUUUCAUUCGAUUCCUUCUGGGUCUCUCACUGAAGUCUAAUCAGACAAUCUUACAAAAUCUACUGACACAGACAGUAAGCAGCUCUGACAGCAAACAGGAAAUAGUUGAGUACAUUAAGAUGAAGAUCAGGGAGAAUCCCUCUCCAGAGAAAUCCAUCAAUCUGUUCCACUGUCUGAAUGAACUCCAUGAUCAUUCUCUAGUGCAGGAAGUACAAACAUACAUGAACAGAAGAGAUAUCAAUCGUCUCUCUAGAGUCCGUCUCUCUCCUGCUCUGUGGUCAGCUCUGGUGUUUGUGUUGCUGAACUCAGAAGAAGAGCUGGAUCAGUUUAAUCUGAGGAAAUAUGAUCCAUCACAUGAAUGUCUUCUGAGACUGCUGCCGGUGAUCAAAGCAUCCAGAAAAGCUGAUUUGAUGGGCUGCGAUCUGACAGAGCAAAGUUGUUCAGCACUGGCCUCAGUUCUCAGCUCAAACUCCUCAAGUCUGAGAGAGCUGGAUCUGAGUAAUAAUGACCUGCAGGACUCAGGAGUGAAGCUGCUCUCUGAUGCACUGAAGAGUCCUCACUGUACACUGGAAAUACUGAGAUUUGCAGCUUGUAGAUUCACUGAUCAGUGCUGUGAAAGUUUGUCUUCAGUUCUACAAUCAUCAAAAUCACUUAGAGUGCUGGACCUAAGUAAUAAUGACCUGCAGGAUUCAGGAGUGAAGCUGCUCUCUGAUGCACUGAAGAGUCCUCACUGUACACUGGAAAUACUGAGAUUUGCAACUUGUAGAUUCACUGAUCAGUGCUGUGAAAGUUUGUCUUCAGUUCUACAAUCAUCAAAAUCCCUGACAGAGAUGGACCUGAGUAACAAUGACCUGCAGGAUUCAGGAGUGAAGCUGCUCUCUGAUGCACUGAAGAGUCCUCACUGUACACUGGAAAUACUGAGAUUUGCAGCUUGUAGAUUCACUGGUCAGUGCUUUGAAAGUUUGUCUUCAGUUCUACAAUCAUCAAAAUCACUGAGAGAGCUGGACCUGAGUAACAAUGACCUGCAGGAUUCAGGAGUGAAGCUGCUCUCUAAUGCACUGAAGAGUCCUCACUGUACACUAGAAAUACUGAGAUUAUCUGGCUGUAUGGUGACAGAGGAAGGCUGUUGUUUUGUGGCAUCAGCUCUGAGAUCAAAUCCCUCACGCCUGAAAGAGCUGGAUCUGAGCUACAAUCACCCAGGAGAAUCAGGAGUCAGGCUGCUCUCUGAAAGACUCAACAAUCCAAACUGCACACUGGACAAACUUAAUUUGGAUCAUGGAGGAGAGUUCAGGAUUACAGCAGGACCACGCAAAUAUGUCUGUGAUCUCACACUGGAUUCAAACACAGUACACACUGAACUCAUUCUGUCUGAGGGGAACAGGAAGGUGACACGUGUGAGAGAGCGUCAGUCAUAUCCUGAUCAUCCAGAGAGAUUUGAUGAGUGUCAGGUUCUCUGUAGUGAGAGUCUGACUGGACGCUGUUACUGGGAGACUCAAUGGAGUGGAGAUGCUGCUGAUAUAUCAGUGUCAUAUAAAGAAAUCAGCAGGAAAGGAGUAAGUUAUGACUGUUGGUUUGGAUUCAAUGUAAACUCCUGGAGUCUGAGGUGCUUUAAUAACAGAUUCACUGUCUGUCACAAUAAUAACAGAACUGACAUACGUCCCCCUUCACACGACUGUAAGAGAGUAGGAGUGUAUGUGGACUGUCCGGCCGGCACUCUGUCCUUCUACAGCGUCUCUGACACACACACACUCACACACUUACACACAUUCAUCACCACAUUCACUCGACCCCUCUAUGCUGGAUUUGGAGUUUAUCUUGAUUCCUCAGUGUGUCUGUGUGAAAUGGAUCAUCAGAGACACACACACACACAACUGGAUGAGUGAAAUAUACUCACUGUAUCUCACAUCAACACAACUCCAAACUCUUUCUAGAAAUCAUUUCAUCAAUUAAACUGAUUGAAUUCAAUACAAUGACAGUACUUUGUGUCACUGUGAUGUGAUUGAACUUAUUUACUAUCAGAUUCAAUAAUAAUAAAAAUAAACAGUUUUGAAAUUAUUUUAAAAUCCCAAAUACUUCAAAUGAAUAAAUGAGUCUAUAUAUGAACUCUUUAUUAAACACACGGCACAUUCAGAUACUCAUUGUUUUAUUUAUACUAAAUAAACAUUUACAAAUACAGAAUUCUUGUGAUUUUUCUACAGUAUAUAAAUCUUAAUACUUAACAGACAAUUCUAGAAAAAACAGCUUCACACUUUUGCAUUCAUAAAUGGAUUUAUAAUAACUAAUUACAGGAUCAUUUAAAGUUGGUGUAAAUUUGACAGAUUUUAAGAGUUCACUCAUUGAUAAAAGUAAAAUGCUGUCAUCAUACACACACCCUCAUGUUUUUCUGAACCUUACACUUUUUGUGGUUUCUCUGUUUUUACUAUCAUAAUUAAUCUGUUGUUAAUGCUGAAAUGUUUUUAGUUUUUCACUACAGAAAACAUUAUUUUAUAAUAAAUAAUAUUUUUUCUUAUUUUAAAGUAACAUGGCAGCUUUGUGAGAAACUCACUGACCUCAUGGCAAAUGUUUCAAACUUUUAAAUGUUUUCAUGAAAGAUACAUGAUGGAAAAUUGUCAAUAAAAGCAGUAUGUUGAAGACAAAAACUUGAAAAUGUCAUAUUUGGGACAUAAUAUGAUAGAAAAUAGCAAUAAAUUAAUUGAUUAGGUAUUUUUAUGUUCUUGCUCUUUUUUCACGCAUUAAUAAUUAAUUAUAUUUAAUAAAAUUAAAUCAGAUAUAAAAUAUGAGAUUGUGACAGGCUUUUGGAGAAUUUUCUGUCUGUGAGAAAUGUAGUGUUGUACAUAUUGUUCUGCUCUGUGUACGUGUCUUUUGGGCCUCCCAUGUAUGAUCUGUUGACCCCAGAUGCGGGCUGCAGUACACACGAUAGUGAGUCAAUAUAUUUAGCAACUGCUGACAGUUAUCUCUUUCCCUUUAUCAUGUUCUGCAUACUUAUUUCUGUGAUCUGAUUAAGGUCACACCCGUCCACCGAUGUCAACCGUGAGGCAUCAUGGCUGGAACAUCUGUACAUGGCCUCUUUUCUGUACACCCAUUUUCCCCUUGUUACCGCUCUCCCAUUGGCUGCUUAUUGUCUCAUGAACAUAUAAAUGACAUGUUUGCUCUAAUAAAUAUGAAA